AUGGCGUUCCCCACUUCGAACGACGACAAUGGCUUCGGCCCAGACAUCGUCGGGCCUCCCGACUAUCAAAUUCCACCGCCGCAGCUCACACUCCUGCAGCGCCUUCUCUUCCGCAAUCCCGAUAACUACUCUAGCAAUGUGAAAGCGAUGCUCGACACCGCUGCCGCAGGCAUGGGCCGCCAACCCACCCAGGAUGAGGUCAACGUCCUCAGCCAACUAGCUUACAAAGAAGCUGCAACCGCGGCAUGGACUGUUCCCGUCACAGUUGCGUUAGCCGGUGUCUUGACUUGGCAAACCCGCGGCACCUACCGCUUUCCUUUUUGGCAGCCCAAGUUUAUCAAAUUCACUCCCGAUGCCUUUCCCAGUGCCUCCAGGCCGCUUCUCCAGGGUCGUCUCGCGAAUCGGGCCUGGCACAACACGAGGUUCACGGCCUACUUCCUCCUCACCAGUCUCGGCAUCGCCCCUUUCGUCGCCUCAUAUGCCACUUCAGUGGCCAUGGCAUCCGCCGCUCGCGAUGAACGCCUCAACCAGUUCCGCAAGGACAUGAAACCGGAGAGGCUGGUCCAGAUGACGGCCGACAAAAUGCCAGUCACCGCCUUGAGGCGCCAGCGCCAGCGGACUGCGGAAGCCAUCAGUCAACUUGAAAAGUCGCUGGCCGCGUUGCCCCAGUCGGAUGAAAAGAUCAGGGAAACAACUCCGCUUAUACAGAAAAGGAUUGACGAGUAUCGAAGGAUACUGGCCCACAUUGAUGCAAUCCUCGAGAAGAGGGGCGAAGGCAGCACUGGGGACGACGGGUCAGCGCAGAACAGGGACUACGAGACACUGUCGGCUUCGAGCUCCACGGGAGGGUACAGUCUACCUUCGGAAUCCAACUAUUCUUCUCCGACAAGCUACCAGAGAGAUCCACCAUCUUCCGAAGGCCGAUCGGGAUGGGGUUCCGGCCAGCAAAGCUCGACUCCCCAGCGAAGCAGCAGCAGCAGACCCUCAGACGACUUGGACUAUGACGACGCAUCGCCCCUUUCACCCACCGCGAGAGCCCAAGCAUCAUCCUCCCCUAGCACCGGCUCAGCGUGGGAUCGUCUGCGACAAGCCUCGAGACAGCCCCCGCGAGCUUCUGGGAAUGCCAACCAGAGCCAACAGGACGAGGCCAAGAGUGCCGAUUACUAUGCAUAUGAUGCCGCUGACAAGGAGAGGAACGCGGAGAAGGAUAAGGCUCAGGCCGAGUUCGACGCAAUGCUCGAGCGGGAAAGAAGGGGCAAUGCGGGGCAGGGUAGUGAGCGGAAUAGCCGUUGGUAA